GCCAUUACCACAUUCCAUCAUUGGGUUUUUUUUUGCAACAUGGACCACCAUAAUUUAAAUCCUUUAAAGAUCCCUGAAAUCCUCUUACUCAUUGGCGGUUUGCUCAACCAAAAAGACCUUUUAAACUGUAUCCGAGUCUCAAAGUUUUUUCAUAGUUCUCUUAUCGGACUCAUAUGGAGAAAAAUCACCAUUACAUCGCUCAAAUAUCCUGCUAGUAAAGCGCGACAGAAGCACAAGGAAUACAUUGAAAAGAUUACAUUUUCACAUUUUGCAUUUAAAGAUUCUUUCCCAGUAUUACGAGAAAUUAGAUCCGUCGGAUAUGGAAAAGGAUGUUCAUGGCUCACGCCGAGGCACCUUUACAAGCAAAUCAAAGUCCAUAGCUCCAUCCUCACGAGCUUUCACUUGUCCAGCGAUAUUGAGCAUUCACAUGAGCUCUGGAAGGCUUUACUGGAAUGUAGCAACCUCUACCACUUGGAAGUUUACCACACAACUAUCAGUGAGUCGGCUGAUCUAUUCCUUCAAGUCUGUAAGAGAGUUAGGCGCUUAGAAUUGGAGCAUGUAACCAUUCACCAGCUACCUGUUAAUUUCCUAAAUAACGACGAUAGUGAAUAUAUUCUCCCGAAAAUACACACACUGCGUCUUGAGGAUGUCCGAAUGGCCGAUCCUCCAGAUCUAUAUACCAGCUGGGGUUGCCUCGGCAUGUUGGUCAGGAGAUGUCCAGAAUUGUUUUCAUUACAUAUUAACAGCCGGGAUCCGAAUGAUUACCAUCCAGACUUCCACAGGAUAGCAUUUCUUCAGAAACCUUGGACUUUGAACAAUUUGUCAGAUCUGGUUACCUUUUAUAUGAGGGUAAAAGACGAGGAUAUGGCUGUGCUCCUCAGACGGGUGACUGGAUUAAGACGGUUAAUCGUCCCUUGUGGUGAAUUCGGCCAGCUCUCUUUACAGGAGUUACUAGCAGACAAGCAAGAAGGAUUGGAUAGUGGACAAAUAGUAUGGAAGACAAGAGUUCGGAGACUCUGUGAGACAAUUGAGACAUUGGUGUUCAAUAAGCUCGACAUCAUAGAUGGUAGUGUUCUAACCAUUUUAUUGAAUUGUCCACGACUGAAAAGGCUGGAAGGCCUUAAAACUACAGUGACAGAGAUUUCCAGUGGGGCAGAAUGGGUAUGCGUUGGGUUGACUAAACUGGAUAUCUAUCUUGAAAGAGAUAUUGAUCAAGAGACUGAAGAAGGCAUGGCAAAGGCGCGCAUGGUCUUUAGACAACUAGGCAAGCUGACUCAGCUAGAAUAUCUUGGCCUAACAGGAUGGUGGAGCAAAAGAAGCAAUGAUAGAGAGACGCUGGACUUGAGAUUAAGAGCAGGUCUGGAUGAACUAGUCAAUCUAAAGAAACUACGCACACUAUGGUUCAAGAAUGAUAAGAGCCAGCGAUUACAACUCGAGGAUGCGAGAUGGAUGGUGAACAAUUGGCCAAGCAUCAGAAACGUGAAUGGCCUCCUGAAUGAUGAGAAGAAUGUAGCUAUUUCGGUGAGAGGGUUCCUUAAGCGGUAUAAGGUAUCCAAUUAA